GAGAGAGAGAGAGAGAGGUCUCUCACUUAACAAACAAAUCAGCAGCAGAUCUGCGGGCAUACACAAACACACGCAGGUUCUGUCCUUCCACCUGCCGCGGGAGACACUUUGAUGGUCGCAGUAGGUUAAAUUAACCGGAUUACCGAGAACCCCGCUCUGCUUUAUUUUAACGUGGACCUCCGACGAUAUCUAUGCAUUAUUUAGACUGAAAUAAGCAAAAAAUGACGGAGCUGAGACGGCGAGGAGGAGGAGGAGACCCUGACAGCACUGAAAACAUAAGUUACAAGGAGGCAGAUGGAGAUGACAAGCUCACUUUUCCCGGUGAGGGGGAAGGAGAAAUAGAGGGCGACUCCAAAGCGGACACACCAGACGUGCCACCUUCCACAGAUAACACUCCACAGUGUCUCAACAAAGCCCUGGAGGGCUUGUCAUCUAGGUGGAAGAACUGGUGGAUAAGAGGCAUAUUGUCAUUGACAAUGAUCAUUGGCUUCUUUCUUAUCAUCUAUUUGGGACCCAUUAUGCUUAUAUUUGUGGUUAUGGGUGUUCAGAUCAAGUGUUUUCAUGAAAUUAUAACCAUUGGCUACAGAGUUUACCGUUCCUAUGAACUACCAUGGUUUAGGACUCUUAGCUGGUACUUCUUGAUUUGUGUGAACUACUUCUUUUAUGGUGAGACCGUGGCUGAUUAUUUCGGCGCACUCGUUCAAAGGGAGGAACCUUUGCAGUUCCUUGUGCGUUAUCAUCGGUUUAUUUCUUUUGCACUGUAUUUAGCAGGUUUCUGCAUGUUUGUACUGAGUUUAGUGAAGAAACAUUACCGCCUGCAGUUUUAUAUGUUUGCUUGGACCCAUGUGACCUUGUUGAUUGUGGUGACUCAGUCACAUCUGGUUAUUCAGAACCUGUUUGAGGGAAUGAUCUGGUUUAUUGUUCCCAUCUCUAUUGUGAUCUGUAAUGACAUCAUGGCCUACCUAUUUGGCUUCUUUUUUGGAAGAACUCCACUGAUUAAGCUCUCCCCAAAGAAGACCUGGGAAGGAUUCAUUGGGGGAUUCUUUGCAACAGUGGUCUUGAGUUUCUUUUAUGCGUACCUGCUAUCCCAGUACCAGUACUUUGUUUGUCCAGUGGAAUACAACAGUGAGACAAACCGCUUUGCAGUGGAGUGUGAGCCCACAAAUCUGUUCAUGAUUCAGGAAUACACACUUCCUGCAGUGGUGCAGAAUGCAGUUAGAUGGAAAACGGUGAACCUUUACCCAUUUCAGAUCCACAGUAUUGCGCUCUCUUCGUUCGCCUCUCUGAUCGGACCAUUUGGUGGAUUCUUUGCCAGUGGCUUCAAACGAGCUUUCAAGAUUAAAGACUUUGCAGACACCAUUCCUGGUCAUGGUGGAAUAAUGGAUCGUUUUGACUGUCAGUAUCUGAUGGCAACGUUCGUUCAUGUUUACAUAGCAAGUUUUAUCAGGGGGCCGAACCCCAGUAAGGUUUUACAGCAGUUGCUUGUCCUGCAACCAGAGCAGCAACUCAGCAUCUUCAAUACGCUGCGCAACCACUUACAAGAACAGGGCAUGCUGCCCCCUGCUGUGGAGGAAGCCCAAUGACAGACGUCUCCAGCUUAUGUCCUGUUGAACUCAGUAAGCAUCCAUCCAUGACUGACUGCAGGAGCACACUCCCAACAGACCACAGGAGCUCCCUUUCAGUGAGAGAGAGUGACGCCGGCUGCAAACCAAACUCUCACUUUUAACCCAUUAGAAACUCACCAAAUGAAGGAGCAAAAUGACCACAAGGGGGCGAGACGGUUCUCUUAGCAUCAAAGGUCUUCCAAUCAAUAACCAUGCAAAAUAAAAGAUUCAAGCACAUGGUAAGUGAAUGUAUAGCACUACAGGAAGUGACAGAGUGACAUCAUUGUACUGGUUUUGUGAUUCUGGCCUGGUUUGCCAAAUCAACAACUCAUGGUUUUUGAGAUGCCAUAAUACUCAUGGUUAACAUUUAAAUGUGAGCUUAAUUUAUAACGGGGGUCCUAAACUCAAAGCAUUACAAAACAGUGAAUCUAAAACAGAAGCAUGUCUGUAAGUCCUACUGUUACUGCUUAAAAUAGCCAUGUUCCCUUUCCCAUUACACACUGUGUUUGUGUGAGCGCUAAAUUAACUCACGUGUGUGUAUAUAUCAUCAUAUGUAUUAUUGCACAUAGAUAUUAUACACUAGAUCAUAUAUAUAGAGAUUAUACAUUUAUGAAUAUAAUAUAUAAGGCUUAACAAAUUCUAUAAAAUAGUAAGUUAUGAAAAUAUGCAAAAAGACCUAGAUUUGUCUUAUUUUCUUAAAUCUAGCAUGAUUAAACCUCUCUAGGGGUGGAGAAUAACUUGAGCAGGUUGUUUUCGGGGGAAAAACAGCCUUUUUGAGAAGGUGAUGAUUUGCGGUGUUCCCCUCCGUGACCAUUGGUUUUAGUUGCACUGUAAGUUAACUACACAAGUCGAAAGAUUCAAUUAACUUUUCAGGUUUUAAUAUCAAAAAACACUGGUGCUUUGAGUAGAUAUCCAAUAUCUGAAAAUAUGUAAACAUGUUAUUAGAUUUGUUUUUUUUAUAUUUUAUUUUUACAGUAUCCCUCCCUGAAAUAUAGUUUUUAGCUGCUCGUUUUUAAAAACCUUGUUUUUUUAUUUUAAUUUGUUGAAAUCUUACUGAAUUCUUUACCAAACAAAUGUGUACCAAAGCACUGUCAAUUUUGCUGUGAAAAAACAAACUAAAUCUCACACCACAAUUAACAUUGUCAAAUGCUACAAUCUUACAGUAGAGAACAAUCCUAUAACAGAUUGAACAAAUUAGAUAUUUAUUUAGGCACUUACAUGAACAAAAGUAACAUUACUACAGGUUAUCAUCACACUUUUUUAGGCUUUUAGUUAAAAGAAGUGGAUUUGUAAUAACCUGUGACCUUCGCCCUAAUUACACAUCGGGACUCAGUCGUGUAGUUUGGGACCAGUUAUCGAUGGGUGUAUUGUAAAACCUAAAAAAAAAAAAAAAGGCAAGUGUGACCCCUUACCUUAUUCAUUCCUGUCUGCAAUAGGUUUACAUGUUCCUUUCCUUCACAUCUGCUGUCCAGUAGAUGCAGUCAUGUGAGAAUGUUGUGAUUGUAGUAAUAUGAAUCCUAUCAGACCAAAAAGAGACUGCACCUCCAGUUGUCUAUAGCUUAUUUUGUGGAUGUCACAGUUGUAUUAGCAAUUUAGUUUUUGAGAGCUGCUGUACAGUUUAAGUUAUGUUACCCAACAUAUAAUAUUGUGCAAGCUUAUACUGUUCAGAAGUUUAGCUGAAAAUGGAUUGCAAAUUACUUGCUCAUAAUGGUUUGUUAUUUGUUGUUUUAAAAAAUGGGAACCUAUAUUUAUGUCUGUUUGAUGAUUUUCAGAUUUUUUUUUUUUUUUUAUUAAAAAUGUUCAGUAGUAAAUAUUUACCAGAAGACAAAGAAAGUAAUAAGUUAUGGGCAAUACUGGGGAAAAAAAGUAAGAAUUAUUAUUAUCAUUAUUGUUAUUAUUGCAAUGCUACACUUGGUGAAUAAACUUCACUUCUGACUUAC